CAGACACAUUUAUACUACUGAUAGUGUUGGCGCCGCCGGAACUGGUACAUGAAUGAAACAAACGCAAUCUGUUCACCACCGCCGCCGCCGCCACUGUUGCCACCGCCGCCGGUUGAACUGUCCCGCCGCCACCCUGGUCGCUAGUAUGUUGUUACUUGUUCCACGACGAUGAAUUUUUCAGCAUUUGGUGAGUGCCAUGAAUAAGGCUAGCCAUUCUCUGAAAUGGGUUCUGUUGGAUUUCAUUCACAGAUGCAAUGAUUUGAGAACCUUCAAGCAAAUCCAUGCAUGUUUAUUGACUUCUGCCAUUGUUACCAAUGACUUAGUUAUCACCAGAGCUGCAAAUUUCUUUGGGAAAAAUGUUCCUGAUAUUCAUUACCCUUGCAAUUUCUUGAAGCAGUUUGAUUGGAGCUUGAGCUCUUUCCCUUGCAAUUUGCUUAUUUCUGGAUAUGGUGCUGGCCAGCUACCUUGGUCUGCAAUCCUUGUUUACAGAUGGGUUGUGAGAAAUGGGUUUCUGCCUGAUGUGUAUACUUUACCAGCUGUUUUGAAAUCAUGUGCUAAGUUUUCUGGGGUUGGAGAAGUUAGACAGUUUCAUUCAGUUGCUGUUAGAACUGGGUUGUGGUGUGACAUCUAUGUGCAGAACUCCAUUGUCCAUGUUUAUAGCAUUUGUGGGGACAAUGUUGGUGCUCGCAAGGUGUUUGAUGAGAUGCUUGUGAGAGAUGUGGUCUCUUGGACUGGCUUGAUAUCUGGGUAUGUGAAGGCGGGGUUGUUUAGUGAUGCCGUUGACAUGUUUUUGAGGAUGGAUGUGGAGCCUAAUGAGGCAACAUUUGUUAGCGUGCUUGGGGCGUGCGGGAAAUUGGGUUAUUUGAAUCUGGGGAAGGGGAUUCAUGGGUUGGUUUUCAAAUGUUCUUAUGUGAAGGAGUUGGUGAUGAGCAAUGCGUUGAUGGAUAUGUAUAUCAAGUGUGAAUCUGUGACUGAUGGAAAGAAAAUUUUCGAUGAGCUCCCUCAAAAAGACGUUAUUUCUUGGACGAGCAUGAUAGGUGGAUUAGUGCAAUGCCAGUGUCCCAAUGAGUCACUGGACAUGUUUUGCGAAAUGCUUGACUCAGGUUUUCAGCCUGAUGGGAUUAUACUGACCAGUGUGCUUUCUGCUUGUGCCAGUCUUGGGUCUCUUGCUCAAGGCAGAUGGGUCCAUGAGUACAUUGAUCGUGGCCGUAUUAAAUGGGAUGUUCAUAUAGGAACAGCAUUGGUUGACAUGUAUGCAAAAUGUGGUUGUAUAGAGAUGGCACAGCGUGUAUUCAAUGCGAUGCCUUCUAAGAAUAUCCGUACUUGGAAUGCCUAUAUAGGUGGCCUUGCUAUAAACGGAGAUGGGAAAGAAGCCUUGAGACAAUUUGAAGUUUUGGCUGAAUCUGAUACAAGGCCCAAUGAGGUGACAUUCCUAGCUGUUUUCACAGCUUGCUGCCAUUCUGGCUUGGUUGAUGAAGGCCGCAGGUAUUUCAAUCAGAUGACAAGUCCCCGCUACAAUCUUUCACCGUGGUUAGAACACUAUGGAUGUGUAGUUGAUUUGCUCUGCAGGGCUGGAUUGGUAGGGGAAGCAAUGGAGUUGAUAAAGACAAUGCCUAUGGCACCUGAUGUGCAGAUCCUGGGAGCUCUUUUGAGCGCCUGCAAUACAUACGGAAAUGGGUUCUCCCAAGAAAUGUUAAAAUCACUUCAGAAUCUUGAAUGCAAAGACAGUGGCAUAUAUGUGCUUCUAUCUAAUAUGUAUGCAACCAACAAGAAAUGGGCUGAAGUAAGAAGCGUUAGGAGACUAAUGAAGGAGAAAGGAAUAAGCAAAUCUCCAGGUUCGAGCCUAAUAAGGGUGGAUGGUAAAAAUCAUGAAUUUUUAGUUCGAGAUGAUAACCAUCCUCAACGUGAGAAUAUUCAUGUACUAUUAAACACCCUUGCCAAUCAAAUCCACAUUGAGGGGAACAUUGAUAUCCUUUCUUGAUCAAAUAACCGCUAAUUGCCUAUGGUAAUCUGAACUUCAAUGAGAGUAGUUACUGAGCCUCCAGCUCUGGUUUUGAGAAUAUAGCAAAAAUAUAGAGAAGUCACUUGGUUUAAUUGCAGACAUGGAACACGUCAACUUCUAUUAUGCAUGCUGUCAUGGUUGGAAAGUUUCACACUGGCCACUGCUUCAUGUAAUGCAAUAAUGUUUGUAUUCCUAGUAUACAACUUGGAGAGCAACUUUUGCACAGAGCCAAAUCUCCCAGAAGAUCUCCACCAUUCGUUUGAGGAUAUUUACCUGGAGGUGAGCCAGCUAAAUUUUUUACAACGGCAUAUUCAAAUCUUAGAUAUAAGAAGUUUUUGUAUGAAUUUAGUAUAUUUAAGUUGUGUAACAAAUUGCACAUUGACACAUUAUUAUUGAGAAGUAGAGUAGUUGUUUGACUAAAAUAUUUAUACAGUUAUUUAGGAUGGAGUUUCAGAAGGGGUGUCAUUUCUUAUAAGUCCUGUUUUCGUCGAAUAACUGAUAAAAAAUUAUGUAGGUACAUGUAUUAAUAGAUUAUGAGUUUAUGACUA